CGGCCAUGAGGAGGGCGCUCCGGUGCUGCUGGGGGGGCACCGGGCAGCCGGGGGGCGCGGACUCCCCGCGGGGCCUCGCCGACUACAAAGCCGUCACCAAGUGGCACCGGGCGGCCAGCGCGGGCGACGCGGCCCGAGUGCGGAAGAUGCUGGUGCGGGGGAAGGCGGACGUGAACGCCGCGGACAGGCACGACCGGACGGCUCUGCAUUUUGCCUGUGCCUAUGGCCACCCAAAAGUGGUGACCCUCCUUCUGAGGAGUGGUUGUGAAGUGGAUGCUGUGGAUAGCGACUGCAACACAGCUCUGAUGAAGGCUACCCAGUGCCAACAAGAGGACUGUGUGUGUAUUCUGCUGGAACAUGGUGCUAACCCAAACAGGAGAGAUGCCUGUGGGAAAACUGCCCUCCAGCACGCCGUUUCUGUGGGGAACAUCAGGAUAGCUGCGAAACUGGUGGCAUUUGGGGCCUACGUGGACAACAUCAGAAAGGAUAUCCUGUUAGAAAUUAGCAAUGCUGCCAAGGAAGAUGAACAACACAUGAGCAACACAUCAUUAAAGAUUGAAGAAGAUGAAGGCAAAGUUGAUGACAUGGAAAAUAAAUGCCGAGGACAAGAGGAAAGCAACGAAGAAACUACUGCAUCUCAUGAAAAUGUUCCCGAAGAAGAGCAUACUAAGAAACUCCACGUGAAAACAAAACUUGAAACAGAUAUGAUACCACCAGAUAUGGAACUGAAUGGUUCAGAGGUAAAUGUGAGUGAGGAUGAAGCAUUGGCAAUUACCACUCCUGAAAAGGAAUGUGAACACCAGAAGACAGAAACAACAUUAAAGAAUGAAGAAAAUGAAGGCGAAGUUGAUGACAUGGAAAAUAAAUGCCGAGGAAAAGAGGAAAGCAACGAAGAAACUACUGCAUCUCAUGAAAAUGUUCCCGAAGAAGAGCAUACUAACAAACUCCACGUGAAAACACAGCUUGAAACAGAUAUGACACCACCAGAUAUGGAACUGAAUGGUUCAAAGGUAAACGUGAGUGAGGAUGAAAAUGUGCACAUCCAAUCCUCCAAAUGUGAACAGCUGUCAAAGGAAAUGGGUGUCCUCAAAGAGGAGUUACGGCUCAUGAGAAGCGCAUAUGAGUCACAGACAGAAGAAUUUGCAAAGCUGACUCAUAAACUAUACAGGGCAAAACUUCAGACCAAGCGAUACAAAGAAAUCUCUAAGGUUUCUGCUGCCUCAGAGAAUCUGCAGAUGGGCAAAUAUCAACAGCUGCAAGAAGAAAAUAAUUUCCUCAAAGAGCAGUUACAGUCCCUGCAAAGCAAAAACGAUUCACUGGCUGAGGAGAAUACAAAGCUGAAGGAAGACCAAAAACAUCUUACUGAGAGUUGCAAGUGUACCAUAGCUAUGACAGAACAGUACAGAAUAUUCCUCACACAAAAAACGGAAAGCGAAAUAAGUGAACAAGCAGAAAAAGUGUCCAACUUUAUACAGGAGCAGAACAGAGCUCGAGCAUAUCAGGACGCUGUUUGGACAUCGACAGUGCAAGCACAACUAUCUAAAAUCUCCCAGCUAUCAAAUAAAUUACAGGAAUGUGAAAGAAAGAUUAAGAGACUGGAGGAUGAAAAUUGUAAGCUUCAUCUAAGAGUUCAUCUGUGUCAAACAUCGUCUGAAACUUUUACUACCAGGAAUAGCUUAAACAACCCUACUGAGAGAAAUUCUCAGAGUUUUCUGGGACCUCGGACGCACUUUUCAGCAAGAGAAGACUAUGCGGAUUUGAGCCCAAGACUAAGAUCUGCAUUUGAGAAGUUUGAUGACCUGGACUCUGGUGUCCCCGUCACACUCCUGACCCCCCUUUUUGCUUCCCCCGCUCGUCCUCCUGGUGGGAAGAGCCACGGAUCCCCAACCCCAGCCCACGAAGCAGCUACCGCAGGCUCGCAAGAGGCAACGCAGGAUCCCAGCAGGGACGGUCCAGACCCUCACCCAGGACGAGAAGGGAUCUCAGGGAGGACCAGUGGACGGCACGCCACCCCGACCAUGCUAGAGGGAGGACCGCAGGGAGGACCGCAAGAGAGGAAGCCAGCUCAGCCUCGGAGGACACGCGCAGGUGCCGUUCUCCAUGCAGGUCCGUUAAGAGACUGGAGGAGGACAAGUGGAAUCCUCAUUUCCAGAGCCAGUAGAGCACAGUCUGUCCAACAUUUUUGCCCUAGUGUUGGAAAUCAUACUUCCUGUGAACUCAAAAAGUUUUCUUCCAAGAGAAGAGGUGGUAACCUAGGCUCACACACACAAUCUUCCACUCUGGAGGACUGCGCACUGCAGGUUAGAUGUCAUAUUUGGCUUAUUUCAAGAUAUGAAGAAGGAAGAAUUAUAACUCGUGGACUGCCAGGAGAAGCAAGGAAGAGAUUGAUGAAGAAUGGAGUAUAUCGUGAUCUUGAAUUUCAGUGCUUGUAUUUGAGUCUGGGUCUGCUAGAACUUCUGCUCUAUGAUGUACUAUUGAAGUCAAGAUUCACAUGUGGAAACUGAUGAUAACAUGGCAUUUUUAAGGAGAAUGUAUAAAUUAGGUUCAUAAAAGAAAAUUUAUGUUAUAACAGAAAACUUAAAAGAUAAUGUUAUUUCUGAAUGUUAUUGGAAUUAUUCUUAAUAGAUGAAAGAUAUAAAAUGUUGUAAAAAUAACAUUUCUAAUAAUAUGUUGCAAUGAAAAGUUUUAUACUAUUUUGAACUGCUUCAAAACAAAUCUUCAGGUAGAUGUUCUAUGCAAAAAUGAUUAUUACUUGUUCUGUCAAAAUGCCCAUUGUUUAAGUAGAACCUAAACCACAAAGUUGACAUUAAUGCUUUAGUGGAAUUAAAUAUCA